AUGCCCGCUUCGGUCGCUUCCGUCUUAGGAUCGGCUGGCACGGUUCUGCAAAGUCCCUCACUCUGUGUUCAGUCCCCCACUGCACGGACACGAUUGUCCCUACGUGUGUGUGAGGUGUGGCUGCUGCCGUUCGCUUGCCCGACUUUGCUGGGUGCCGUACCAGCGAUCGCGCUCGGCUCAUGGCCAAGUUUUGCCAAGCGAUCUCUUUGGAGGCUCCUGCAAUAUCACUGCUCACCUAUGGGUUGUUUCACUCAGUGUGCUGAUAUCAGUGAUCCUCGAAUCAUGGCAGGGCCCUCUGAAGAAGGCGGUCUACGUCUAUCCCAUGUUCUACAAUCUGAGUAGCAUGCUAGCCAAGACAGCAACCUUGUUACUCUACAUCCGCAUGGCGAGCGCCCAUCCCUUCCUCCGAUACGCUAGCUAUGUCGUCCUCGCGAUCGUCGACAUUGCAGGCAUCGUGCUGGUCUUCAUGAACAUCUUUCAAUGUCGGCCCAUCGCUGCUGCCUGGCAGCCUCACUUGAUCGGCGAGUGCUACGAUAAUGUCACCCUGUUUCUCGCCUCUGCCCCUGUCAACAUUCUGUCCGACAUUGCCAUUCUCAUGCUGCCGCUCCCAAUCAUCACCGAGCUUCGCAUGGAGAGGAGAGCGAAGAUCGCGCUGGUCACUACGUUUAUGUGCGGAGUGUUCGUCGCCGCGGUCGAUGUUGUCCGCAUCGCCUACCUCCAAAUAUCGCUCAAGGAACAGAUCCAGAUGGGCACUGACCACGUCAAUGCGUAUGCGAGGCCCGUCAAUUUCUACUGGUACACUGCAUGGGGUCUUAUGUGGUCUGCGAUCGAGUGCUGUGUCCGUCUGUGCUGCACUUGCGCUCUCGUUCUCAAGCCCCUCUUGCAACGCCUCAAGGAGAGGGGAAGGCAAAUUAGCUCGAACAACAAUUCGCCCAAUAUGCUGUCACGCGGACCAGCGGGCGACUUCGGGGAACAGAUGCCCUACACCGACGCGGCCGAGGCUGCGAGUCCCGGCAUCGACUUCGCUCCCGGCAAGGAGCCGCAGUCGCCACGCAAUUUGCCAUUGGCGGCAAUCCUUGAGACGAGCCCCGAUGUCCCCGAUGAGGACACGAUGGACAUCAUGGCGUUUUUCAACGCCGGUCCACCAACAUGUUCACCACCAACGCCAUCAUUGUCAACCGUGCCGAACCAGCCUCGUCCACCAUCAUUCAUAUCGAAUGGUCAUGCUGAGAUGCGAGCCAACGGCAUCUCCAACGGCGCAGCCGCCGCGGCGCCGAGCACCUUCCCUGGUCUGCAAAAGCAGCCGUCUCGAAUGAGCCAGGGCGGCCCGCUGCAUAAGCAAGUGUCUCGGCUCAGUCACAAGGUCGGUGCCGUCAGCGCGCUAGCAAUGCUUUCGACGCCAGUCCGCUGGAUUACGAACGACUCGGUUCCCCUCGAGUACAAGGACCAGACAACCCAGCACUUCUUCGACUUUGUCCAGAUGGGAGGCCGCAAGCCCCUCACUCAAUUGACGGCUCGUGAAGCGUGGUGGCCGGUGCUCUUCGUCUCCAUUCUCUUCUUCUUGUGGGGCUUUAGCUAUGGCCUUCUGGGCAACCUUACGACCAAGAUUCUGCAAACGAUCGCAACGGCCCAAGGCGACGGUGCCACCCCCGCUCCCUGGCGUGAGCUCACGCUUCAACUGUCAUAUUGGAUCGGGUACGUCAUCGGGCCACUAACCGUCGGCAUCUAUGUCCUCCACAAGCACGGCUUCAAGGCGACCUUUGUCACCGGUCUUGUACUGUACGCGUGCGGCUGCAUGUGCUUCUGGCCAUCGUCGGUGCUCGCUAGCUACGGCGGUUUCAUCUUCGCCAACAUCCUCAUCGCGAUCGGGCUGUCCGUCCUUGAGGUGGCCGCAAACCCCUUCAUUGCGCUGGCUGGGCCGGGCGAACUUAGCGAGGCCCGCCUCAACUUCUCGCAGGGCAUUCAAGCUAUUGGCGGUCUCUUCUCGCCCAUCCUGGCGCAGAAAGGACUAUUCAGCAAGAGCCUGGGCCGCGAGGCACUCUUCGAUGUGCAGUGGUGUUAUCUCGCUGUGGCGUUGUUCGUGCUCGUCCUCACACUUGUCUUCUUCUACGUCCCGCUGUCUGAGGCGACCGACUGCGAGCUCGAGGAAGAAACAAAUCACCGCCUUGCGGCUGCGGGCAUCGAUCGCGACGCCAGGGCAUACCACAUGCCGGCGCGGUGGUUUGUCAUCGGUGCGGGCGUGUUCACACUGGCGGUAUACAUCGGUCAGCAAGAGUCUUUGUCCUAUUACUGGGAUGAGUAUAUUUCUGAGGUGCUCCCACAUACCGACUCGUUCUGGGAUCUUCAAAUAGGGCACGGCCUGUUCGCCGCAGGGCGCUUCAUCGCAGCAGGCAUAUGUUACGCCGGCUUUACACCUCGCCUGGUGCUCAACGUCUGCUGUCUGGGGUCGUUCAUUACGACGCUCUUGGCUGUGUUCCUCCCAGCCGGCAAGGGGGCCUUCACCUGCGUAUUGCUCGCCAUGUUCUUCGAGUCCCCUGUCUUCCCGACAUUGUUUGCCACCGCGCUGCGCGGACAAGGGAAGCACACGAAGUUCGCCUCCGUGGCACUCACAACGGCGAUAGGCGCGGGCACCCUCAUGUGGCAGCCAGCCACGUUCGGCAUCGAGAGAAGAACGCGCGAGGUGCGCACAGCCUUCAUCCUCAUCGCAGUUCUCUGCGGCGUGCAGAUGAUCUACCCUGCGAUGCUGGCAGCUCGUCCAGUGCUGCGCGGUAUGGUCGACCCUCGAUGGAGCCGUGUAUCGGCGAGACGCGUGUCCGCAGAGACAUUCGGGAGCACUGAAAAGUCGGCGCACGUAGAGGUCCACCCCGCGUCAUCCGAGGACUCGGGCUCGCCUAAGACGAGCGGUGGCGCGACUCCCCAAAUCCCAGGGACGCCUGCGGCCGCGCCCAGCGCGACUAUGCCGCUCAUGAACCUGGGGCUCGAUUCAUCAAGAGGCCCUUCUGGGGCGCCGCCGCCGCCGCGCGCACACCCGCCACCAGCGACCAACGCCGGCGAAGAUCUAGAAUUCCUCGGUCUGGUCGGUGACCUGCCCGAGAUAAAAAUGUAGCAGUAGUGUUAAAUGUCGUAGUUUGGGUUGUACGAGGUCUCCUAUGCUAUACUGGUAUACAGAGCGA